AUGCCUCAACAGCGGUUUAAUAAAUCCUUAACUUUAUUUAUUCUCUUAAUAUUUUUAUUGAAUGUAAAAUCGGAGAGACAAACAAUUUUAGCUUACAGAGCACCGGGAGAAUGUGAUGUUAAUGAUCCUUUGAGCUGUAGUCGGCAAAAACAUGAAGUUUGUUCCUUCCUCGAUGGUGUCUAUAAAUGUACUUGUGCAAGUAGUUAUUCUAGAUUACCAGAUGGACGUUGUUUAGCUAUAGAUGAAUGUAGCGAUCCAAAACUUAAUGAAUGUUCAACAGAUGCUAUUUGUAAAGAUCUUCCGGAAGGAUAUUCUUGUCAUUGUAAACCUGGAUUUGCCGAUGUAUCUAAACGGGGGAGACCAGGAAGUGUAUGCCGAAAGGAGCAAAAUGAGUGUCAGAGCCCUCAUACUUAUGGUGUCGAUUGUGAUACAAAUGCUGCAUGUACCGACACAAGUGGCAGUUACGAAUGUCGUUGCAAUCCUGGAUAUUCAGACGUAUCUGAAACUUAUGCAUUACUUCCUGGCCGUAAAUGUAUACAAACUAUUAAUGAAUGUGAAGACAAAACAAAAAAUGAUUGUAGUGAAAAUGCUAUUUGCACAGAUGCAAAAGAUGGUUAUACAUGUGCAUGCAAGAAAGGGUAUGUUGAUGCAUCUACAAAUGUUGCAAAAUACCCUGGGCGUACUUGCAACAAAGCAGUACAGGAAGAACAACAUUAUAUUACUAAUAUUAAACAAUGUGGGGGUUCACAUCACUGUCCAAAUGGACAGAUUUGCGUGGAUGAUUAUUGUAAAUGCGCAGAAGGGUCUGUUUUGGUUGGAGGAGUUUGUAAACUUACUGCGGCUUGUCAAGUUGAUCCCGAAUGUGACAAAAAUGCUAUAUGUAUUAAUGUUCUCGGUUCAUAUACUUGUCAAUGUAAACCGGGGUAUUUUGACGUUGAUCCGGUAACACCUGGACGUGAAUGCAAAGAAUUAACAAAUGAAUGUGUUGAUCGUCAUGAAUGUUCACCAUAUGCAAAAUGUAUAGACAACAAAGACGGGUAUGAAUGUGAAUGUAAUGAUGGGUACACUGAUGUUUCACAUCAAUUCGGGUUGAAACCUGGAAGGAAAUGUGUAAAUACAAGCAAUGAAUGUGCUGAUCGUUCUCUAAAUACUUGUGAUGAGAGCGCUGAUUGUAUUGACACGCCACAAGGAUAUACUUGUCAAUGCUUUAACGGUUAUAUUGAUGUUUCUGUAUCUGCGCAUUUACCUCCUGGAAGAGUUUGUACUGUUGAAACUAGCUGCCCAAAACAGAAAACUGAUUUAAUAUUUUUGAUUGACGGUUCUGGAUCAAUUGGUUCUCAAGUUUUUCGUAAUGAGGUUUUGCGAUUUAUUAAGGAAUUUAUCGAACUUUUUGAUAUUGGACUAGACAACACUAGAGUUGGUUUAAUUCAAUACUCUGACCAAGUUCGGCAUGAAUUUGGACUUAGUCAAUAUUCUGAUAAGCAAUCACUACUUGCAGCAGUUGAUAAUAUUAAUUAUUUGACUGGAUUAACUAGAACUGGCGCUGCUAUAGAACAUAUGGUAAAUGAAGGAUUUUCUGAUCGCCGUGGAGUACGUCCAAUUUCUGAAGGUGCUAAUCGUGUAGCUGUAAUUAUUACAGAUGGGAGAAGCCAAGGCAAAAUUAAAAUAAAUAUUUCUUUAUUCACUACAAUUUCAGAUAAUGUUACCCAACCAGCUAAAACAGCUAGAUCAUAUCAAAUAAAUAUAUUUGCUAUUGGAGUUACUGAUCAUGUUUCUCCUACAGAAUUAGAAUUAAUUGCUGGUUCACCAAAUAGAUGGUUUUUGGUAGAAGGAUUUAAAGAUUUAAAUACACGUCUGCGUUCUCUUGUUCAAAAACUGGCAUGUCCAACGCCUCCACAUAUUCCAAAUCCUCCCAAUGGAUUAUGUAGUCCAGAUACACAAGAAGGUUGUGAUAGAACUUUGGGACAAAUUUGUCAACUUGUUGGAGGACAACCUACUUGUCAAUGCCCUGAUGACUUCCCUGCCCACCCUAAAACAAAAAUUUGUGGUGGUGAUAUUUGUAACCAAGAAGUAGCUACUACAUGUCCAAAUCCUGAAAUAUGUAGACGUACUCCUCUAGGAAAUUAUCGUUGUGUUUGUCCAACAGGAUUUUUGCGAGAAUCUCGUUCAGGCGUUUGUAUUUCUACUAAAGCCCAACCUAUGCCUCCUGCACCUCCAUGUUAUGGAGGAAAAAUAUUAAAUCCGAGAACGGCAAAAUGUCUUUCUCCUGGAGAAUGUGAUCCUUCAGAUGUUUAUUCUUGUGAUUUACGUAAACGAGAAAGGUGUUUGCCCAACCAACAACAAGUUGCCCCUGCUGAAGUUAGCAGUAAUGUUGAACAGACUUAUAAAAGGCAUAGAAAACGUAAUGAACCGACUUACGCAACAAGAGCCCCAAUUACCUACUCGUUGAGUGCCGAAUACACUUGCCAGUGUACAGCUGGGGAAAAACGGCAUCCAAUCACUAAUGUUUGUCUGCGUAAUGAAUGUCUUCGAAAAGAGGAUAAUGAUUGUAAUGUAAAUGCCCAUUGUUAUGACACUGAUGAUAGUUAUUAUUGUGUUUGCUUUAGUGGAUAUUUAGAUCAAAGUCCUGAUAAGGCUAGUUAUAUACCUAAAUAUUUUAGGAAUUAA